UUGCAGCUCGUCACUUAGCCAUUCCAGUCCUACAAUGCAAAAAAUAUAUAUUUUUCUAAUUUUGAUUGCUGACUUUUGUAUGUCCUUGAGGAAGUCCUACGAUGUGAGCUUGGUGUCUUGGAAGUCAACUGGAACAUCGGUCUUCGACUUUAAUGCUCGUCUGCUGGGGCGCGAACGCAGAGGCAAUGGCACACUCCAUUUGAAGGAGGAUGUGGGCGACGAUCACUUUACCGAGGAGCUUCAAACAUAUAUCGAUGCCAAUGGCAGUGGGGAUUACAAGCUGCUACCCCUUUCGUUGCCCCAACAACCCGUUUGCCAGGCGAUAGAUGCCUACUGGAAGUACUUCGAAGCGAGUCUAAAGUACGGGGUGAACACGGAUUGUCCCUUUGCGAAUCGCACAUGCCCAUUACCGAAGGGCCACUACUAUUUCAAGGACAUUACCGUCAAGACGGACGACUGGCCGCUUGUUAUGCCUAGAGGUUAUUUUAAGAGCGUUAUAAGCUUUAAGAAGGAUGGACAAGUAGUAAGUGUAAUUGAAGUAACAUGCCUUAUUGCAGAUCGCACGAUCUGAGUUCCGUUCAAUCCAACAAAAUUCUAAAAUAAAAAUCCAGAAAUUGUAACUCGAUUACGAAAGUGAUUAAUCGGUUAAAUGGCCGCUCAGAUAUGUAUCCCCAAAAAUUGAUGAUUCUAGAACCAGAG